UGCUGUGUCGUGCCGCCAGGGCCUGGGAGACAGGGCCCCCCCCCCCCCCGUCUUUCCCGCGGCCCCCCGAUCUCCCGGGCGCCCGGAGCUGCGGGGCGGAGACGGAGCCGGGAAGGGCCGCGCCCGAGACCGGCGGUCGCGCAGGACGCGCGGGCCGCGCCCCCGGCCCCCGCCCCUUUCCCAGGCGCCCUGCAAUCGCCCCUGCUGCCCAGCCCGUCGUGGAGAGGGGACGAGAGGGGCUGGGCUGCUCCUGCCCGCCCAGCGCCCUGGGACGCGGGCGCAGGAUCUGGGUCGCCGCAGAGAGGCCGGACCGGACCGGGCCGCGCCGCGAGCCCCAGGACGGAGCCUAGCUUUUGGGAGGCGCGCGGGGCGCUGACCCAGGUCCGCAGGCUGCCCUGGCCGCGCCGUCCUCCCGCAGGGCCCCGAGGCCUCAGCGGGGCGCAGAGCUUGGGGUCCCCGGCCUGCGCCCCGCGCCUCCCUCCCGGGACCCCCGCGCGCUGCGCCCCGGCGGCGCGAGGCUGAGGGCGCCAUGGCUCGGGCCGGGCCGGGCGCGGUGCCCGGCGGAGGUCUGGGCUUCCCCCCGCAGAACGUGGCCCGGGUGGUCGUGUGGGAGUGGCUGAACGAGCACGGCCGCUGGCGGCCCUACACGGCCACGGUGAGCCACCACAUCGAGAGCGUGCUCAAGGAGGACGCGCGCGGCUCCGUGGCGCUGGGCCAGGUGGACGCCCAGCUCGUGCCCUACAUCAUCGACCUGCAGUCCAUGCACCAGUUCCGGCAGGACACAGGCACCAUGCGCCCCGUGCGCCGCAACUUCUUCGAGCCGUCGUCGGCGCCGGGCAAGGGCAUCGUGUGGGAGUGGGAGGCGGACGGCGGCGCGUGGACGGCCUACGACAUGGACGUGUGCAUCACCAUCCAGAACGCCUACGAGAAGCGGCACCCGUGGCUCGACCUGUCCUCGCUGGGCUUCUGCUACCUCAUCAUCUUCGGCAGCAUGUCGCAGAUGAACCGGCAGACGCGCCGCCGCCGCCGCCUGCGCCGCCGGCUGGACCUGGCCUACCCGCUGACGGUGGGCGCCGUGCCGCGCUCUCAGUCCUGGCCGGUGGGCGCGGGCCCGGGCCGGCCCUGCUCGUGCGCGCAGUGCCUGCUGGUGGACUGCACGCGCGCCGCCUCCAACGCCGUGCUGGCCUCGCAGCGCCGCCGCGCGCCCCCGCCGCCGCCCGACGCCGCCGCGCGCGCCCCCGACGGCACGCCGCGCGCGCCCGCGCCGGCCGCGCGCGCUCUGCGCCCCAGCGCCACCUUCGCGGGCGCCGCGCUCUGGGCCGCGCCCGCCGCCGCGCCCGCCGCCGCCACCGCCGAGCCCGCGCCCCCCGCCAACGCCGGCCCCGCGCGGACCCCCGGAGCCCCCGACGCCGCGCCCGCCCCAGGACAGAACAACCUCAACCGGCCGGGGCCCCAGCGGGCCACCAGCGCCAGCUCGCGCGCCUCCAUCCCGCCCGGGGUCCCUGCACUCCCAGUGAAGAACCUGAAUGGUACCGGACCUGUGCACCCGGCCCUGGCAGGCAUGACCGGGAUCCUGCUGUGCGCCGCGGGGCUGCCCGUGUGCCUGACCCGCGCCCCCAAACCCGUCCUACACCCGCCACCCGUGAGCAAGAGCGACGUGAAGCCCGUGCCCGGCGUGCCCGGCGUGUGCCGCAAGACCAAAAAGAAGCAUCUCAAGAAAAGUAAGAACCCGGAGGACGUGGUCCGAAGGUACAUGCAGAAGGUGAAAAACCCCCCGGAUGAGGACUGCACCAUCUGCAUGGAGCGGCUGGUCACGGCGUCGGGCUACGAGGGCGUGCUGCGGCACAAGGGUGUGCGGCCAGAGCUCGUGGGCCGCUUGGGCCGCUGUGGCCACAUGUACCACCUGCUGUGCCUCGUGGCCAUGUACUCCAAUGGCAACAAGGACGGCAGCCUACAGUGCCCCACAUGCAAGGCCAUCUAUGGGGAGAAGACGGGGACCCAGCCCCCCGGGAAGAUGGAGUUCCACCUCAUCCCGCACUCGCUGCCCGGCUUCGCGGACACGCAGACCAUCCGCAUAGUCUAUGACAUCCCCACGGGCAUCCAGGGUCCUGAGCACCCCAACCCCGGGAAGAAAUUCACGGCCAGAGGCUUCCCACGCCACUGCUAUCUGCCCAACAACGAGAAGGGCCGGAAGGUGCUGAGACUGCUGAUCACAGCCUGGGAGCGAAGGCUCAUCUUCACCAUCGGCACGUCCAACACCACCGGCGAGUCGGACACUGUGGUAUGGAACGAGAUCCACCACAAAACCGAGUUUGGGUCCAACCUCACGGGCCACGGCUACCCGGAUGCCAGCUACCUGGACAACGUGCUGGCGGAGCUCACUGCCCAGGGUGUCUCCGAGGCUUCAGCAAAGGCCUGAGGCCCAGGCCGCUCAUCUUCCCUCCCGCUUCGCCCCUGCACCUCCAGCAGGUGGGCCCCGGCCACCCAGGUCCAGCACUGGGAGGAGCCUUCAGGAAGCCAGAAUUGUUCUGGGGACCUGGCUGGUGGCAGUCAGGGUGAUGGCCACACAGCAGGCCAGCUGACUCCGACUGGAAGUUUCCAGAGAGGGUGAGAGAGAUAGAGAGAGAGAGAGAGAGAGAGCUAGAAACCACAGUAACGUCCCUGCCAAAAAGACAGCAUCCUCACUCACAAACACGUGUCCUGUUGAACACACACACGCACGCACACCCACGUGCCUCUACCUUCCCCCACGCCAGGGGAGAAGAGAAAGACCCCCCUUUCCCGUGACACCCCCUGUGGAUCCCACCCGUGUUUCUGUGGCAGCUGCCCAUGCUGGUCUGCUCUCUGACUCAAGUGGGCAGUGACAAACCUGAGGGCCCCCAAGGGACAGAGGGAACCCUGCCACCCCUUCUGCCUCGCCUCCUGUGUCAUCUCUGCUACCCAGCGACUGGACAGAGGGCCUGUGGGGCGAAACCCUCACUGUAGCUUUAUACUGGGCGGACUGGAGCCAGCAGAGAGGUUCUUGUUUUGUGCGUGUGUCUGUCUUUGUCCUUUCCUCCCCCCUCCAACCUGCAGGCCUUACAUCUAUCCCAGAUAAAGGCACUUUUCUUCAUCCUGCCCCAUCUUGUCCACUGCUCUCCACUUUGCAUAAGACUUCAGGAGCAAGAGCAGGCGGCCUCCUCCGGGCCUGUACUGUACUUGGGAACGGGAGAGCUGGCAGCGAAGAGUUAACUCCCCUCUCCUGGGGGGCGGGGAGUGGGCGGCUGACCAUCUCCAGCCAACCAGAGGCCUGUUGCCUAGGCAACUCACCAGCUCCGCCUCUGUUGAUUGGCUGCCCAGGUGGAAGUCAGCCAAGAUUUAAAGGGAAGCCAGCUGAUUGCUCUUUUGAAAACCUACCAGUCCCACUGUGGGCGGAGAAAUAAAUGGUCUUUCUCCUCCU